GAAACAUAUUAUUAACUGGAGUCUUUUCAAUAAUAUCAUCCAAAUUGAACUACCAAACAUAGAAUCGUAAACAAAACCUAGAGAAUCAACAUUUACAGGAAGUCUCGAUGUCUUUAGACCUCCUUUCUAGGCUAAAGAAGUAUAUUCACGAUGAAGAAAAUUCAAUUUUAGAUUCCUUAUACGCGGACUGUCAAAACGAUGGAUUGUCGAAUGCUGUUAACCAUGUUAUUGAUACACUACUAUUAGGAACUAGCUCUUGUUUUGACAACGACUGUGUUGAGAAGUUGUUCGCGAUCUGCCUACAUUUCUUCGAUUUAUCUUCCAACUUGAAGAACAAAGUCUAUGAUUUACUGACGAGCAUCAUCGGAUCCGAAACAGCUGUGCUUGAAGACUUGAUUAUUGCGAACGCUACGGAUUUUUUUGUUCCACAAACAAAUUUGGAAUCUGUAGGAAUAGCAAUUCAACUUACUAUCAAAUCCCUCUCUGAAAGUAAUCAACUUAGCAUCAUUCACACGUCCUCUAGCAGCUCUAGGGAUAAAAAGAAAAAUGUUUCACAGCAACAAAGCUCUACUUGGAAUGGUCUUAUCCACGUCAAUUCUUUUCUAGAUUCCGUCAGCAAUCUUUUCCACAAAAAGCUAUCUCGUGUUUGGACAACAUCUUCCGAAAGAGAUAUGUUUUUAUCUCUUUUUCUGAAGCCAGUGUAUACUCUAAUGGAAAGUGAAACAAACAUGAAAAACAGUGGUUUUAGAGUACGGAUGUUUGACCUAAUCAGCCUUGCAGUGAAGUAUCACCACCAAACUGCUGCUGCCGAAACCCGUAUUAUACAAAGUCUUCAAUAUUUUGAGCAUCUUGCUGAAUAUCUUGCCGAUUUGGUUCAUUUAACUACCGUGAGAUACGAAUUUUCUCCUUUGGCUGAAGGUAUCCUUCACACCCUUUGUUCUUUGGAGUUCAGUGACAACGAUGUGAAAGGACCUAAACAAGUUUCUCUUUUUCUAGUUCAUCUCUCAUCUUUGUUACCGAGUUUGUGCUUUAAGCAAUUGACCAUAUUGACAAAAUUAUUGGAUUCUGAAUCCUACACACUUAGAUGCGCCAUUAUUGAAGUGAUUGGAAACGUAAUCCUUGACAUUAUUCAGGAUGAUUCAGAAGAAGAUAAUUCCGAGUCUAUUUCCUCUAAUGUUCAAAGCAUUCUUGAAGUUUUGGAAGAUAGGUUAUUGGAUAUAAGCCCGUACUGUCGUACAAAGAUCCUUCAAGUAUUUUUUCGGAUUUUCGAGUUACCAAUCAAGUAUCCUCAAAAGCGCCAAGAAAUUGCGGAACUUACUAUACGAUGUAUGCAAGAUCGUUCUAGUCAUGUUCGAAGAAAUGCGAUUCGACUAUUUUCCAAGUUGUUAACCACUCAUCCGUUUUCUGUUAUGCACAAUGGUAUACUCACAAGAAGCGUAUGGGAAGAAGGUCUAGGUUUUGUUGAGGAGCAGUUACGUUCACUUCAACCAAAACGCGUCGUCACCAGCACUGAUUAUGAAAGUAGCGUUGAUGAGAAUUUACUUGAGGAUGCUACUAUGAUACGGGAUGAAGAAGAUAAUGCGUCAAUGGAAUUAGAAAGCAGUCAGGAUAAAGAUAAAGAUCCACUGAAUGCAUACGCCGAUUCUGUUCCUGCUGAGGACAUCGUCAAAAUAAAUUUAACCAAGCGUUUUUAUGUUGAAGCACUUAAAUUUAUAGAUACUUUGGAAGAAGGGGCAAAAAUUAUAAGCCAGCUUUUAUCGGCAAAAAAUAAAAGCGAGGUUAUUGAAGCCAUGGAUUUUUUUGUUUGUUGCAGCUCCUUUUGUUUAUCAUUUGCCAAGCAAUAUAUCAAACGAAUGAUUCAUUUGAUCUGGGUGAAAGGAACUUCUGAUGAAGGGAAUAGCAUACAAAAUCAUGUUUUAAAUUGUUAUAAAACUCUUUUCUUUCAACCACCCCCUGGAAGCGAUGCAAACGAUCGUGCUAAUUACAUGGCCAGGAACUUAAUAUCUUUGACUUAUGAUUCCAGUCUUGCUGAACUAACAUCACUUGAGCAAAUGCUAUCAAUUUUAAUGAAACAGGACUAUUUCCCAGCGUUGGUAAUUACUAAGUUAUGGCAAGUAUAUAGUUAUGUGAAGAAGGAUAUAUCGAGAACACAACGUCGUGGUGCAAUAAUUGUUCUAAGUAUGCUUGCACUAGGAAAUAACGAAAUAAUUAUUCAAGGUUUGGAUUACUUGGUACAGAUCGGACUUGGCGCUCCUGGCUUGGACGAUCUAGUGCUUGCUCGAUAUAGUUGUAUAACCAUCAAGAGAAUAUCAAAAAGUUCUCCUACUUCUUUAGCUAUUACAUUUCCAAAUUCUCAUGUUGUCUGUCAAAAGCUUUGCAUGUUAUUGUUGAGACCUUCUACGUCCGAUGAAUGGUUUGGACUUCAAGAACAAAUUAUCGACGCUAUAUAUGCUGUCUCAAAACAUCCGGAUGAACUUUGUACAAACGUAAUUAUUUUAUUAACAAAAAAUUUAUUUGAAAGAACGAAAGCUACUGAGAACAGCAACGAAGAUGCCAUGGACGAAGACAUCAAUAUACCUGAACAAGAGCAAAAUGCUGCCACGCAGUUUGCCCAUCUUAUUUUUGUUGUUGGACAUGUUGCUAUAAAACAACUCGUUUACAUAGAGUAUUGUGAGGCCGAAUUCAAAAGAAGAAAAGCAGAUGCCGAGAGAAAUCCCAAUGAAUCCAAUGAAAAAAGUGGUAACCAGUCCGAGUUUGAUUUAAUUACUGGAACUAGUGAGGAUGAUUUUGCUGAGGCUAUGACAUUCAUUCGUGAAAGAGAACUGCUGUAUGGAGAGAACUCGCUAUUGUCUCGUUUCGCUCCUUUGGUAGUAGAAGUUUGUUCACAUCACACGGGAUCUCAUAAUGAUAGUUUGUUAGUUGCAUCUUCGUUGACAUUAGCCAAAUUUAUGUGCUUGUCAAAUAAUUUUUGCAUGGAAAACUUACCGCUACUUAUUACCAUACUGGAAAAGUGUGAGAAUCCAUUGAUCCGAAACAACCUCGUAAUUGCUUUGGCUGAUUUAACUGUUUGUUUUAACCAUUUUAUUGACGAAAUAUCUGAGUUUUUAUAUAGAAGACUAUUAGAUCCUGAUCCAUCUGUGAAGAAGACUUGUUUCAUGACUCUUGCAUUCCUUAUUCUGGCUGGUCAAAUUAAAGUGAAGGGACAAUUGGGUAUUAUGGCACGAUCAUUAGAAGAUGAAGAUGCUCGAAUUGCGGAUUUAGCUAAAAUGUUCUUCACGGACUUUUCGGCUAAAGAUAACUCUGUAUACAAUAAUUUUAUCGAUAUUUUUAGUGUUUUAUCUAAGAGUUCGGAGGACCAAGACGAAGAGGAUACCAAGUUUAAACAUAUAGUCAGAUUCUUAAUGUCUUUUAUUGAAAAAGAACGUUAUACGAAACAGCUAACAGAGCGUCUGUCUGCACGCUUGCCUAGGUGCAAGAGCCAGAGGCAGUGGAACCAUGUUGCAUACGCGCUUUCUCUAUUACCUCACAAAUCUGAUGAAGUGCAAAAGCAAUUGGAUGAUGGUUUCCGAGCUUGAUUGCAAAUUCAUUUAAGAAGCUUAUUUUGACAUCAAUAGAUCAUGUAUAGUAAUAUUAUUUAGGAAUUUUAAAAAGGGAGGC